AGCAAGUUGUUUUCUCAAAUACGAAAAUACCUGUUCUUUAUGAAAUAGCCACUUAGUUUCUUUGGGACAAUUCUUUGCAAAAUUAUCGGUGAGAUGGCAACAUUGAAGAAGAUUGAUCAAAUUCAGCUUGCAAAUUGGAUUGGUAGAGAAUGUCACUUCGAUCUUCUUUACGCAGUGAGCAGAGAUGGUUGUACCGGUGCGAAAUUCCACGAACUAUGUGACAAUAAAGGACCCACUGUGACUGUCUUCUUCAAUGCAGACGAUAAUGUUUAUGGUGGAUAUGCAUCUAAAAGCUGGACAAGUAACUCAGAAUGGGUAAAUGACAAUGUUGCCUUUUUAUUUAAGCUGUACACCAAAAACAUGUGGAAGCCACAACAAUUUACAAAUAAAUGUAAAGACCAAACAUUUGCAUGUGAAAAUAAGUGGGGACCGUGGUUUAGAGAGUUGCACAGUUUCAAAAGUCCUAUCGAGAAAAAAACAAAUGUUUAUAAUCUUGAUAAGGAAUCUCUCUUUAAUGGAGAAUUCUUUAACAUAGAGAAGGAAAAUGCAGGAUCCAUUGCUUCUGGACACAAUAACGUGAAGGAUUUGGUUGUUUACGCAGUGCUUGAUGGACCUGGCUCUCUCACUCCAUGGAGAAUUCCUCCUUUAUGGACAUUACAGGCUUGUCAGGAUUUAAAAGACUUUAUUUCGACGUAUCAACCUCCUAAGGACCUAGAUGUUCCUGACGUCAACAUAUUGCUUGUAGGUGCGGUUGGAGCAGGAAAGUCUAGUUUCCUUAACACAGUAAACUCUAUUUUCCAUGGAGAUAUAACAUCACGCGCAUGUACAGGAAGUUCUGACCACAGCCUAACAACAAAACUUCAGCAGCUGCGGGUUCGAGAUCCAUCCUCAGGAUCUUAUAUGCAUGUCCGACUUUUCGAUACUCCUGGCAUAGAAGAGGACCUUUCAAUCAAACAAGAAGACAUUGGCUUUAUCCUUGAUGGUCAUCUUCCAAAUCAAUACAAGUUUAACCCAUUCUCACAAGCCUCUCCAGAUGUACCUGAUUUUAAGCAAGAGACCUCAAUCAAAGAUAAAAUUCACGUCGUGACUUAUGUGAUUGAUGCUAGUACUAUUGGAGAAAUAAAGCCAGGCGUUGUACACACACUGAGUGUUAUCAAAAGACUCAUUGUAGACAGAGGUGUUCCUUUGGUUGUCCUUUUAACAAAAUUGGAUAAGGUGUGUCAGCUUGUGGAAAACGAUAUCACAAACAUCUUUAAAAUUGAAAUGGUAGAAGGAAAAGUCAAUGAGGUUGCACAAAUGAUAGCCAUCCCUAGAUCACACGUUCUUCCGGUUAAAAACUACGAAAAAGAAACCGAAUUGCAAACUGAAAUAAGCAUACUUGCCCUACAUGUACGAGCGAUGAAACAAAUUCUCACAUUUGCCAAUGAUUACUUUGAGAAUUACCUGGAUAUGGCAGUCAUCCCAAACAAAACCUUCGCUCAGUUUAAAAGCAAUGACUGAUCCGUGAUAAAACAGACUGAAGACAUUUGUUUUCCUAAUCUUUACAUUCAUUUCAAUUAAAACAAGCAAAUUUAAAGAAUUGUGGUCCACCGCUUUCGGUGUUUUUGUGGGUGAGAUGUCAUUUUUAUGAAUAUUGUGUCAAAUAUGAACGCUUUAUCAUAUGUCCUUUAGAAAUUAUAACCGAU